CAAAUGGUAAUAAUAUUGCUUUGAGGAAGCAGCAGGCCAGCAGCCAGCAGCUAGCUCCAAUGGCUUCUCAUUCCCAGCUCUCCUCCAACGCCGCAACCGCUGGCCUGUGCUUGCUUUCAGCUCUCGCCAUGGCCUUGCUGGCGGUGACCAUCUACAUCAUAGGUGUUCUUGUGUCCUUCGCCGUCUUCUGCAUCAAAGAGUUUGCUUGGAGUCGGAGAGCUCAUGAUCGACCACCGCUCGUCGGGACUAUGUUCCGGAUGCUCAAGAAUUUCGACAGGCUCUUCGAUGAGCAGGUGGAGUACGCGCUUGCCCAUCGAACCAGCAGGCUGCUCUUUCCUAAUCCUGGGCACAGUGAGCUCUGGACCUCUGAUCCACAAGUAAUUGAGCAUAUCCUCAAGACCAGCUUCAGUAAAUACAGUAAGGGCGACUUCAACACUCAAAUCAUGAACGAUCUCUUUGGAAAUGGAAUUUUCGCAACCGAUGGGGAGAAGUGGCGGCACCAGAGGAAGUUAGCGAGCCAUGAGCUCUCAACCAGAGUGCUUCGUGACUUCAGCAGUGGUGUGUUCAGAACAAAUGCGGCAAAACUAACAGAGGUGGUCUCAUCUGCAGCAACCAAUAGAACUUCCAUAGACAUGCAGGAUCUUUUGAUGAAAACAACUAUGGAUUCAAUCUUCAAAGUGGGAUUCGGUUUUGAGCUGAACACACUAUCUGGUUCAGAUGAACCUAGCAUCCAAUUCAGCAAGGCCUUCGACGAUGCAAACUUUCUUGUUUUCCAUCGAUAUGUUGAUAUAUUCUGGAAACUGAAAAGGUUUCUUAGUAUUGGGUCAGAAGCUAAGCUAAAGAGGAACAUUGAGAUCAUUGACAACUUUGUAAUUCAGUUGAUCCAUCAAAAGAGAGAGCAAAUGAAGAAUGGACGUGAUCAUAAGGCAAGAGAGGAUAUACUAACAAGAUUCAUAUUAGCAAGUGAAGAGGACCCUGAAAUGAUGAAUGACCGUUACCUGCGUGACAUAGUCCUCAACUUCCUAAUCGCCGGGAAAGACACCACAGCAAAUACCCUGACCUGGUUCUUCUACAUGCUAUGCAAGAAUCCCGUGGUGCAGGAUAAAGUUGCCCUUGAAAUUAAUGAGUCACUUGAGUGGGCCAAGGAAGAUAACAGCACUGAAAACUUCACUGCAAGAUUGAAUGAAAGUACUAUUGAAAACAUGCAUUAUCUCCAUGGUGCGAUCACCGAGACACUACGUCUGUAUCCUGCCGUUGCAGUGGAUGGUAAGAUGGCAGAUGAAGAUGAUACCCUGCCUAAUGGCUAUAGAGUGGUUAAAGGAGAUGGAGUGAACUACAUGAUUUAUGCCAUGGGAAGGAUGACAUACCUCUGGGGCAAGGAUGCUGAAGAAUUCAAACCUGAAAGGUGGCUUGUGAAUGGAGUUUUCCAGCAAGAGAGCCCUUACAAGUUUGCAGCUUUUAAUGCGGGGCCCCGCAUCUGCUUGGGGAAGGAAUUUGCAUACAGGCAGAUGAAGAUCAUGGCUGCUACCCUGUUACAUUUCUUCAGGUUCAAACUAGAAGAUGAAUCCAAGGAACCGACAUACAAAGUCAUGUUUACCCUCCACAUCGACGAAAGUCUUCACUUGUAUGCAUACCCAUGUUCAGCAUAGACUGCCAAACAAGAUAUCCUUUGCCGAUGUACAUAUUCCACAAAUUAUAGUGUUUUGCCAGCCUCUUUAGGCAAGUCACUGCGAGUACAUACAAGAGCAA